GUAAACACGGUCAUUCAUUGUUUACAUCUAUUCAUUUACGCUUCUUCGGCUAACUACUGGCCGUUCGUGGAUGCUGACUAUCGUGGUUUUGUACUCAGUGAAAAAAGAUUAUUUUUAUCUUUGCAAAGGAGGAAAAGGCGAUGAUGUGCCUAAAUAAUGGGAAACGUAUUCGGGAGGAAGACUCAACCUUCUCGUGUAACGGAACAAGACAAAGCCAUUUUGCAACUAAAGCAGCAGAGAGAUAAACUGAAGCAGCACCAAAAGAAAAUCACCUCACAACUGGAGAAAGAAAGACUUUUGGCCAAGCAGUUGUUGAAAGAUGGCAAGAAAGAAAAAGCAUUGCUGCUACUCAAGAAGAAGCGAUACCAGGAUCAGCUACUAGAGAAGACUGAAAAUCAGAUUUCAAACCUGGAGCGAAUGGUUCAAGAGAUUGAAUUUGUGCAAAUUGAGAUAAAAGUCAUCGAAGGACUAAAGGUUGGAAAUGACUGUCUGAAGAGUAUGCACAAGCUGAUGUCAGUGGAGGACGUGGAAAGAAUCCUGGACGAGACACAGGAGGCCAUUGAAUAUCAAAGGCAAAUAGAUGAAAUGCUGGCUGGAGUCAUGACGCAGGAGGACGAGGACGCUGUGUUAGCAGAACUGGACGCCAUCACUCAGGGAGAAGAGAUCUCACUUCCAGAGGUUCCUGUGGAGCCAGUACCAGAAGUCCCAGAAGCAGCUGCAGCAGGUAAAUCUGAAAAGAAGCCAGGAAGAGAGUUGCUGGAAGCCUAACAUCAACAUGAAGAAUGCACACAAUUCUGAGUUUAAAUUGUGUGACCUAUGAAAAUCUUUGCGAUGCUAUUUAUUUAAAAUGAUCUUUUAUAUUUUUAUUUUAAUCCUGGCUUUAUUUAACUGUUUCUGACUCAGCUGAGCCAGACAAGUCAUUUUCUCACUGUUCUAGUUGAAUCACGCCUGUAUGAUGAGGUUACUUUCUAAAUCUGGUUUGUGUUAAAUUUAGCAUUUUGUCAUAUUAAAAAAAAACAUUGUUGUCAUUGUUUUUCUUCCCUGUUUUUAGUAUCAUUUGAGUCAGAAUAAGGAAACUCUCAACAUAAAGCAAUAAAAACAGGAAGUAGAACUUGACAUGUACAGUCUGGGACUUUUUCUAGAUACUUAUGGCGAAUCAUUAGUUAGAAGAUGUUAGAAGUUGAAUUUU